CUCCAUUCCGUGUCGGGUUGCCAGAGCCUCCGGCUGAGAGCUGCUGAGAUGAAAUUGAAGCCAGGGUCUUUUCUGUGGUACCUUUACCUGGACAAAAUCUACUGUUUGUUGUCUGUGAGAAAUGUGAAGGCCUUGAUGGAGUAUUUUCACCUUCUGGACGCACACCGAAGGAACACCUUGAAUGAUGUGCUGUUCUUUCAUUUUCUCCACCACGUGACUAACAUGAAAAUCACACAGAUCAAGAUGAUAUUUGACAUGCUGGACUGGAUGGCUGUAGGAGAGAUUGGUUUUGACCAGUUCUAUGUGUUGGUUUGCAUUGUGCUGUCACAUCAGAACCAUCUGGAAAAUCAGUUUAUGUACCGCCAUUCCCGGCCAGUUUUUGACCUGCUCGACUUGGAUGGGGAGCUGCAAAUAGAUGCAUCCAAUUUCGAAAUGUACAGAUUUCUCUUCAAUAUUAAAAAGCAGGAACUCCGAGACCUUUUCCAUGACUUUGACAUCACAGGUGACCGACUGCUUAAUUACAAGGAAUUUAAGCUGUACACAAUCUUCUGCACUGACAAAUCCACAGACAGGAAGAAAAGGAGGAAAGAAAGAGCGGAAGAGAAAGGGAAAGAAAAGGUGAAAGAUAGAGAGAAGUAUCAUCAUCUAAAGAAGAUAUACUCGACUGGGAUGAGCCAGAGGAGUCGCAGUAUCCUUUGAUAUCAAAGUGAGCAUGACAAUUAAAAUUAACAUGGCCACAAUGAAG